AUGAGCACAGCAGAUACCCUGAAGUGUGGCUCCAACCACUCAUUGCUUAGCGUCAAUUCUCGAACAAGAGCUCAACUAAUGAGAGACAACAAACUGAAAAGAGAUAGUUUCCGAGUGGGUCAAAGAGAAAGCAUUCAAGGAGCACUGGCGGGCAUUCUUGGUGAUAGCAUCAACGAUGACUGGAGUGUUGACGGCGAAAGCUUUUGCAGUCGCCAAAGUGCUCCAGCUCCGGCGUCCACCACCAAAGCGAUGAGAUACGGAAGGCGCUGUUCCAUCACCAAGUUCUCUCUCGAACCACCACCAGCGGUUCCUACAAGUGUGGAAGCCCGCCACAACCUCGGCCGGAGCGACCAUUCCGAUGAUGAAGUAAGUGUCUGCAGUCAACUAAGCGACACCAGUCGAAGAAGUGAAACCAAGAAUAAGAGAUAUGGAAGACGGUGUUCCAUCACCAAGUAUUCUCUUGCGGAACAAGAUAGCCACAGCCAACAGGAGGAUUUUGAAACAUCCUCUGUCCAUUCGGGCACCUCUCAUUCAUCCUUCCCCGAGACACCUGUGCAUUGCUCCACGAUUGAUAGUCUUCCUCUUCCAAUGAAGAAUAGACGAAAGUCCAAAAAAACAAGGGACUCGAUCAGCAAGUACAGCAAUCACGAUUCCAUGAAGGGUGAUAUUCUAGCGGCAUCAAUGCACACGGGCGACAAUAAGAAGAUGAAGAAGCGGUCAUCCAAACUGGAGAAAAAGACUGAUAACAAGACCUCCUCGCUCGCUAGCCCUGACUCACCAAGCACAGUGGCGUCAUCAGAAGCUACCACCACCAAGAAGAAGAAGAAGAAGAAGAAAAAGAAGGAGUUGAAGCUCCACAAGGAGAAACCAUCCGAGAGCGAUUGUGCUUCCGUUUCAUCAUCCACUGUCAAAAGUGUGACCUCCGAGAAGCGAAGACAAAAGCGUCGUUGCUCGGUUACCAAGUACAAUCUGGAAGUGGAAGACCAAAUGAACACUAGCUUUUCGGGACCCAUUCCUCCUCCAGCAGCAGCAGCAGCAGCCGUUAUUGCACCCCCAUCGUCUCCCACCAAGGCGACUGACGAAAAGGCUCCAGCCAGCCCUGCCAAGAGUCCUCCACGACGUCACUGCCAACGAAGAACCUCGGUGACUGCCUACACACCCGGCAUUAUGGAUGCCGCGGAAAAAUCACCAGGGGCCUUGAGCAAGCGCCCUUCCAUUAUUUCCGCACCCAAAACGAAAAUGGAAAAGGAGACCAAUAAGUCCCCGGGCCGGCAAGGCCGACGCAAUUCCAUCACCAAGUACAGUUUGGAAAAGUCAAAGCCUCAGAACUUUCCAGCAGCUGCUUGA